AUGUCCAAUACCCCCCCGCCGUCUCAGCUCUGUCUGCUAUCGGAUCUGCCGUUGAGGGAGGUGGGCGACAAGGUGCGAUUCUUGGGAUGUGUGGCUUCGUACUCGACAGACUCUGCAACACUGGCUCUGGAGCACCAGCACCAGCAGCCGCAGGACAGCCUCGCCGUUCGCGCCUUGGUCGAUGUACGGCUCGUCUUGGGGCGUCUUGGAUCAGACCAAACACGCAUCGGCGAGUGGGUGAAUGUGAUCGGAUACAUCACCGCCGUCGCCCCCCUUCCCCUUCCCACAGCUGCCAGCAAAGGCUCAGAUCGAGGCCAUGUGAAUAUCUCCAUGAUCCGAAUCCAGGCUCUUCUUGUCUGGUCCGCCGGCCCCCUUGAUGUGCAGAGAUACAAUUCAUCCGUGGCUGCCUUAGGGAGCGAGCAAAGCAGCCCCAGUGGUGGCGACGUGGCCUCUGAUGCUCUCCUACAUGCUGCUGGGCGAUAG